AUGAGAAUGGUAAAAAAUUUGGUAGAUGGUAUAUUUGGUAAAAGGAGGACGAAGUAUAAUAAAAAAGGUAAUAAUGAAAAAGUGAUAAUUCUAAAUCUUUUAGUGGAGAGAAAUUAUAUGAUGAAGAAGGAGAUGGCAUUAAAACUUGUAAGUGGAUUAAUUUGGAUGAUAAAUUUGAUUGGAAUAAAUAAAUAACAUAUAAUGGUGAAUUUAUAAAUGGGAACAAAGUUGGUAAAUGGGAUAUUUGGUUUAAUAAGGAUAGAGGAGAAAUUAAGUAAUAAAUAAAGACGUAAAAAUAUGGUAUUAUAGGAGCGUGAUGAAUAAUAAUAUAGCUUAGGUGAGUCAUAGAAUAGGUGGGACUCGAAAUUGAAAAGUUGGGUGGAAAUAUGGGAUGGCUAGCAGUGGAAUUCUUAUGUAUCAUAUGAUGAUGAAUAUAUAAAUGGUAAAAAAAUUAGUAGAUGGAAUAUCUGGUAUAAGGAGAGAGUAGAAAAUAAAUAAAAUAAAAAGAUGUAAUAUUAGAUAAUGUGAGCAUGCAUAGUGAGGGAGGAUCAUAUGAGGAAGGAGGUGCAAAGCUGUGUAAUUGGGUGAAAAAUUGGGAUGGAUAUAAGUGGAAUGCUUAUGUAACUUAUUGUGGUCAAUAUCUAAAUGGGAAUAAAGUUAGUAGAUGGGAUAUUUGGUAUAAGGAAAGAGGAGAAAAUUAAUAAAACAAAAAGAUGUAAAAAUAUUAUAUAAUUUGAAUAUGAAUAGUGGUGGUGGAUCAUAUGACGAAGAAGGUAAGAAGUUGGGCAUUUGGGUGGAAAUAUGGGCAGACUAUUAGUGGAAUGCUUGUGUAACUUUUAAUGGUUAAUAUAUAAAUGGAAAUAAAUUUGGUAGGUGGGAUAUUUGGCAUAAAUUUAAUAAGAUGUAAAAUAAUAUUAAUCUUUCAAAUAAUAAUUUAGUGGUGGUGGAUCAUAUGAUGAAAAAGGUGAGAAAAGGGGUAAUUGGGUGGAAAUUUGGGAUAUGUAUAAUGGUCUAAAUUAAGUAACUUAUUCUGGAGAUUAUAAAAAUGGCAAGAAAGUUGGGUUAUGGUAUAUUUGGCAUUAAGAUCAGAAGAUGUAAAAGAUUGUAUAUGAAGGGAAUAUCAAAUAUAACAUAGUGGUUGCGGAUCAUAUGAUAAAGAAAGUAUGAAGUAAGGUAAUUGGGUUGAAUUAUGGAAUGGCUAUUCGUGGAAUGCUUAUGUAACUUAUAGUGGUUAAUAUAAAAAUGAUAAUAGAGUUGGUAAAUGGGAUAUUUGGUAUCAAGUGUAUGGGAUUAAUAAUAUGAUGUAAUAAUAUUAUCUAAAGUUAUACCUAUUGAGUAUUAUAGUGGUAAUGGAUCGUAUGAUGAAGGAGGUCUGAAGUAAGGUAAUUGGAUGGAAUUCUGUAAGAAUUUUGGGAAGAAAUUUGGAGGGACUGAAUUUACCUUUAAUGGAAAUUAUAUGAAAGGAAAAAAAAUUGGCUAAUGGAAUAUAUGGGAUGUCAAUAAAAAGAUGUAAAAAUUAAAUAAUAACAUAGGGGUGGUGGAUAGUAUGAUGAAGGAGGAGUAAAGUUUGGUAAUUAGGUAGAAAUAUGGCAAUGUGAAAAUUGGUAAUCUUAUCUAAUUUAUAAUGGGAAAUAUAAAAAUGGUAAUAGAGUUGGUUAAUGGGAUAUUUGGUAUCAAGUGAAUGGGAUUAAUAAUAAGAUGUAAAAAUAUUUUCUAAUGUGAUAUCGAAUGAAUAUUAUAGAGGAGGUGGUUAAUAUGAUGAAAGAGGUGCAAAGUUUGGUAAUUGGGUUGAAAUGAAAUUUGACAUCUGGUAUAAUAGUUAAUACACAUUAAAUGGGGAAUAUAAAAAUGGUAAAAAGGUUGGUAUAUGGAUUGAAUUGAAUAGAGGUAAGAAUGAGAAACUUAGUGAGAUCAUAUAUGAUUAUUGA